UGCAGCGGCAAGACAACGUCGAACGUGGCUGAGGUGGCGGUGUUUUCGCGAGACGGCGACUCCGGAUUGACCAUCACGGACGCCGGGGACACAAAGCCGAAGGACGACAUGAUCUUCAACGCUCUCGGAGCGACCGACGAGCUGUCGUCUUACAUAGGACUGGCGAGAGAGUUUGCCUGCGACGGGAAGGUCGAGCAUCCGUACGUCGACAAGCUCAAGAGGGUGCAAAUGAUCUUGGUCGACCUGAGCCACGCCAUAUCGAAGUCCGUGCCUGGGAAGACCAGGUCCUUCGAAAGCAAACACACCAAAGAUCUGGAAGAGUGGAUUCUCGAAUACGCGAAUCAGCUUCCUCCUCCCGAGGAUUAUAUCAUUCCGGGCGGCGGAAAAGCUUGCGCUUCCCUGCACGUCGCGCGAACGGUAUGCAGACGCGCCGAGAGGAGCAUCACGACAUUAGUACGAGACGGCGCUCUAGAUAAAGAGGCACAAAUGUAUUUAAAUAGAUUAUCAGACUUCCUUCUAACGGUAUCACGUAUCGCGGCCAAAUGUGAUCAACGUACGGAAAAUAUUUAUAUUCCGCGAGCGGAAGUGACGGAGGAGAAGUGAACGGACUGAUUUACAAAUUUUUGUAGAGCAUUGACUUUUUGCACACUAACAUAAAUAUAUAAAUAAUUAUACAAACACACAAUACACGUACAUAUAGUGCAGCAGUUACAAAUAUAAAUAUAGAGUAACUAAGCGUUCUAAUAGGGUUGCCAUUAUUUGUUAUCAAAUGUUUCUCUAUGUACUUGAUGUUCAUCAAGUAGACAUAUACACUUUUGGAAUGGAUAUGUAUUCCGUUACGUAUCUAAAGUUGCAAUUUUUAAACGAAAUAAAAUUAGUUUAACGGAAAGAGUGUGCAAUUCUUAAUUACAAUCUUAAUAAGAAGCGUGUAUUGCAGUUCUCAUUAGGAGUGAUAAAGAUAACUGUUGUACGACACGCAUGUAGAUAAUUAAAUGAAACUUGUAAAUACAAAUGCUAAUUGCUUUAUUAGCAAUGAUGAAGAUGUAACAAAGUUGUUAACAUAUACUUAAAAUAUAAAUUAGAAUUAAUAAACACGAAUCUCUCCAGG